CCCGUAUGUUGGGUUAUCUAAUCCACCAACACCCCCACCUUGAGAAUAAUUUACUGAGUUCGGAUUAUCAAAUCGUUGGUGAGAAGGAUUCCUGUUGUAAAUUUUUUUGAUACUUUCUUUCCAAUCUUCGCCCUUUCGUUUUUUAGAGAAUAUAAAAAUUGCAAUGGCUGCAAUAAUCAGUACUAUUAGUAUUGGUAUCACGAUAGCAGCUGCGUUCACCGAUGUCUUGGGAGUCUGCGUUCCACUGAUUCUUCCUGGGGUGCUGACCGGAGACCAGGGACGAGUGGUUACGGGCUUCCAGGUCCACGGAGGGAAUGUGAAUCUCGAUGUUGUCCUUGGUGGGAUUGUAAAUUUUGAUGUUGUCCUUGGUGGGAAUGUAAAUAUCGGCCGGCGUGUAGUUACCAGUGGAGGUAAUGUGAAACGUCCUUUCGUGGUUGUCUGUACGGGAAGUGUGAAUUUUGUCGUUGUUCCUGUGAAUGCAGGAGUGGACAGUGUACCGGGGGUCGGCAUAGGGUUCACGUAUGUAAAGCAAAGCUCGUUAUAGAUCUUAAUGUCG